AUGGAAACUAUAAAAACAUUUAUAAGCAAAACGGGUGGAAUCAAAAAAGCAUACAGAGAGUUGAGAAAUUCGAAGGAUUGGAUUGUUAAAAUGAAAAAUGACAGUGGAAAAUGGAAUCAUCGUAGAACAGGAAUAUUGGAUAUAGCAACAUCUUAUUACAAGAGACUGUACGAAAGUAACACAACAGAAGACGAAAUUGAUUUGGCGGAUACCUCAAACAUUCCUAACAUUCUUCAAGCUGAAGUCGAGAAAGCCAUAGAUACUCAAAAGGUAGAUAAAACACCAGGUCCUGACGGCAUAAGCAACGAAAUUUUAAGACAAGGGAAGGAAGUGUUAGCACCUGUCCUUACAGAUAUAUUUAACAAUAUUAUAAACACUGAAAUAAUUCCCCAGCAAUGGACAGAAUCUAACAUUAUCCUGUUGUAUAAGAAGGGAGAUAAACAUGAAAUCGGAAACUAUCGCCCUAUCAGUUUUAUGUCAAACAUCUACAAAAUCUUCGCUAAGAUCAUUUUAAAACGUAUUGAAAGAAUGCUAGACGAACAACAACCCAUUGAGCAGGCGGGAUUUCGUAAGGAUUACUCGGCUACCAUUUCAGACAAUACCAGCUUACAUAUUACAUUGCUUUUAUCGACUACAGCAAAGCAUUUGACUCUCUUCUACAUAAAAACAUAUGGGAAGCAUUAG